AUGGAUUUCCCUGGGCGCAUUCAAGCUCAGUCAAGGCUGGAAGACUCGACAAGAACCUCUAACGAAGAUCGCGAACUACUACGCUCCUUAAACAAAUUGAAUCUUUCCACUUCCCCUUCCAAUUCUUCAACCUCUCGUCUGUCUACUUCCCCUAAUUCAAAUGCGCCAAAAUUUCCAGGGGCAAGACUGUCUUCUGGUUCCCCUAGGACUGGAACACCCCCUCGAACUCUUGCUCACCGAUCUAGUGCGAAUGGACUAAAUGCGCAGUCUCGGUCCGCAACACCUACGUUGCUACGAAAGACUUCAAUGAAUUCUUUACACUCCUCUAGUGGAGUCACACCGAGUCGUGCCCCCUCCCGCCGAGGAAGCUCCACUCACUUGUUGUCGCCUUCUGGUUCUAGGUCGCCGUUGAAUGGCUCAAUGCAGGGAAUGGAAGAAUUUAAGGAAAAACCCGCUCCCACUGCUGCCUCAGUGGCAAGCACAUACAUGCAAAAUGAGCUUGAAUUGCUCCACGGAGACGAAGCAGAGCAUCACUCAGAGACGAUAGUUAUUUUAAACGAUGCUUGCUACGGACACCGUUACUCAAGACAACGCGCAACUAAGGCCGACUUGGCCAGUAUCGUCGAACGUCCCGAAAGAAUCCAAGCUAGCGUGCUUGGUCUAUCAAUGGCAUAUGUACGAUUGGGAGAACGACAUUGCGAUGGGAAAUACCCAAUCCACCCUCGACUCGAUCCCAAAUCGCUUCCCAACAUCCCCUUCCGUAUCCACAAGACCAAUCGCGCUGUAGCUCUGGACUCUGCAGCUGUGACCAAUGUUCAUGGAAACAAAUGGAUGGAAGAACUUAAGAUUAUGUGUGACUCUGCCGAAGCGAAGCUUGCCCUUAAUAACAACGAGUUGCAGCGACCCAAUACGAGUAAAAGCCAGCAUGGGGGCUCGCCUAAAGAGCUUCAUAAGGGGGAUCUCUAUUUGUGCGCGGAAUCUCUGAAUGCUUUUGAAGGAGCACUUGGCGCUGUUUGUGAAGCUGUUGAUCAAGUCUUCUCUGCUUCGUCUCACAAUCGUGCCUUUGUCGCUGUACGUCCUCCUGGUCAUCAUUGCUCUGCGUCGUACCCCUCUGGCUUCUGCUGGGUCAACAAUGUCCAAGUGGGCAUUAUGCAUGGCUUUCUGAACCAUGGAUUAACGCACGCCGCUAUCAUUGACUUCGACUUGCAUCACGGAGACGGAUCUCAGGCUAUCGCAUGGGAUCAUAACAAGCGUAGCCACACAGCAGCCAAGAACUCAUCGGCUUGGAAAAGAACUGCCAUUGGAUAUUUCAGUUUGCACGAUAUCAACUCCUUCCCCUGCGAGUACGGCGACGAAGACAAAGUCAGGAACGCUAGUGUAUGUGUGGAUAACGCCCAUGGACAAUCUAUUUGGAAUAUCCACUUGCAGGAGUGGAAAUCAGAUGUUGAAUUCUGGAAACUGUACCAGUCUAAAUACACGAUUCUUUUGGAGAAGGCCCGGUGCUUCCUACGAACACAGACUGAACGAUAUCGCGGUUUAGGUCAGGUGCCUAAAGCCGCAAUCUUUCUGUCCGCCGGUUUCGAUGCCAGUGAGUGGGAAAGCGGAGGAAUGCAACGUCAUAAAGUGAACGUUCCGACCGAAUUCUAUGCUCGCCUUACUCGAGAUGUUGUUAGAAUCGCAUCCGAGGAAGGGCUAGGCGUCGAUGGCCGGGUCAUCAGCGUUCUUGAGGGCGGCUAUAGUGAUCGAGCUUUAUGCUCAGGCGUUCUCAGUCAUCUGAGUGGCCUAGCUGGUAACGAACCCCUACUGCCCAAAGAAGAAACUCCUAGUGGACUCGGUUAUGAGAUGGGCAAUAGAAUUGGAUCAUUCAGCAGACGAAAUACCUUGACGGAGAACGAGAUGAAAUUGAAGGUGCCAGGAUUUCCGUAUGACCCAACUUGGUGGUCAGCUUCCGAACUUGAUCGACUCGAUGCCGCUAUGACCGCACCUUUCGAGCAGCCUAAGAAGGCUCGGACUUUCACACCUGGUAAUUAUUCUUCCCCAACCCAAGCAUCGAGCGCGAAGGCAGUAGAUCCCACAAAAGUACGACGGAGUGUGUCCGGACUUGCAUCUCAGAUGCCAAUUUCCCGACCUCCGAGUCCCCCCCCUCCUGAUGUGCCUUGGACAGCAGCAGCUCACGAGUUAAGCAAGUUGCUUAUACCAAGUCAUCGUCAAAUCGACAGUUGUAGGGUUGAGGAGCUUAACGCCGUGGCAGCCAAAGCUAGACGAGAGCGACAAUCUCUUGCGCAGAGCUCAAAUAGUGACGAGACAAUGCCUCCUCCGACUGCCCCUGGUGUGAGAAAGUCGUUGCGAGAGAGAAAACCAGUUAGCUAUGUUGACGACGACCCCAAAUCACGUAGGAGAACAGUUGGAGGCUCGACGGUUCUCGCUACGGAAAAGGCACUUGCCCGCGGCAUCCCCACACAAAACGGAUCGACUCAGCAUCACGGCGGAGUGUCUCUACUUACAGCUAAUGACGCAGUUGGCGGUAUACCGCGACCUAGUACCGCGCAAAGUAUACGACCUGAAUCGUCUAUGAGCGUGCGAACACAGGCAUCCACAAUAAAUGUUAAAAAGACUCGACCGGCGGCGCCUGUUAGGAAAGAGAGCACACGGGCCCCCAGGAAACCAAGAACUGUUUCCUCUAAGACUGAGGGUGUUUCUCUGCCGUUAAAGAAGGAACAUUCGGUAGGAUCAUCUGGAGAGUCGACCGGGCCAGCAUCAGAUCCGGCGAGCGAAUUAGAAAAGAUAACGAACGGAAUGAAGAAAAUCAAGAUUAAUGUUCUGACCAAAGAGAAGAAAGAAGCUAGGCAAAAGGCCGAGGCUGAAAGAAAGGCAGCGGAGCAACAAGAUCUUAAUCAGGAAAUGAGGGCAGUAGGAGGUGCCCCCGUUUCUAUUCCCCUUCUUGAGAACGACCCUAUUGUAGAGGCUGCAAAUGGGAAUGAAUCAGGCGCUAUGCUUCCUCCGCCACCUCGUACCACGCAAUACAACCGGGGCAAAAGCUUGUCGCCCCGACGCGACAUUCGACCAUUUAGUCCAACAAACGUACCGACUAUUCUUACGCCGACAGAACCCAACGAGAUGCCUUUCCCCGCAAAUUCCCCGCUUAGACCUCGUCCAGAAGCUGAGGAUAUCUUCGUACCAUAUCAACCUGAUGGACCGACACCAAGCACUCUACCGAUCUCUGGUCCGGUCCAAAUCCUCGAGCCCAACACCGACACACCAGUUCAACAGGGUAAGACCCAGUUUCACGCGUACGGUGCUUCAUCAGUGCCCGCGAGUCCAGCUCGAAGGGGGGGACACGGGUUCACUCCUACAUCAAACAUUCCUUUUGCGGCGCGACGCGCACCUGAUAGUUGGUUGAUGUCAAAAGACAACGUUCCGGCACCUAAGCAAAAGACUGAGGGCGCGGAUCAAGGCGUUUGGGAAAUACCCGAGACACCCCAACACCAUUAG